GCGUCUCUGCUCCGCCAUUAACCUUCUUCGUAAUCUCGAACGAAGAUAUAUCAUCAUCUCCUCCCAAACUCGAUCAAAAACAACUACAUCCAGAACGGAAAGUCGAACAUGGCUACCUCAUCGGCCCUGUUCACUCCCACUACUUUCUCCGGCAUUCACAACCACAAUCCUAACAACAUCACCUUCCAAGGCCUCAAACCCCUAGCGCCGCAAAGAACCAUCGCCUCUUCGGUGAAGCUCACCGCCGUCGGUACGAGACGGAGAUCAAGCGUCUCCGUGAAAGCCGAAUUGAACCCCUCGGUGGUAAUCAGCUUGAGCACAGGCCUAUCGCUGUUCUUGGGGAGAUUCGUCUUCUUCAAUUUCCAGAGAGAGAACGUGGCGAAACAAGUUCCGGAGCAAAACGGGUUGACCCAUUUCGAAGCGGGCGAUACCCGGGCGAAGGAGUACGUGAGUCUGCUCAAGUCAAAUGACCCAGUCGGGUUCAACAUCGUUGAUGUUCUUGCUUGGGGAUCGAUCGGACACAUCGUGGCGUACUACAUCUUGGCGACCUCAAGCAACGGCUACGAUCCUAGCUUCUUCAACUGAUACGAUAUGAGCGGUUGCCGAGAAUCAUCUCUUCCGGUACAAUUUGUUUCUGGUCGUCUCGCCGGUGUGCCCGUACUGUUCUACUUCUUUUCUAAUUUGUAUAGUUGUAACUCUAAAUUAGCUUUUUUUUUUUAAUUUCUGAAUUUAAAUUUGGUUGGUAAUUAUGAUUAUGAAUUUUCUGUUAGUAA